GUAACGGCUCAAACCAGCUGCUGAAACAGCUGUUGCGGCUACACUUUUAUGGUUGUGUUUGUUGUCAGUUCUUGUGGCUGAUAGGCGACCGUGAUAUUUCUUUGUGCAAUAUAAUUUGAUCUAAUUAAUUAACGCCUUUGCAUUACUCUUUGUUCAAAACAGAAUUAAGUUGAUUGCUUUAAUUGCGCAGUUCAAGUGCUUCUGGAAACGCGUCUCAUAGGUUGCUGAACAUUUUUUUUCAAUUGCGCCGUGUCAGUGUCUGGUCACCCAACCCUCCCACCUAAACCCACCGUCUACAGCGGCAUUGUGACUUAUUAGAUAGCUGCUCAUUCAUUAAAAUGGUGGAUAUUAACAUGGAAUUUGUGCACUCUAUAGAACCACAAAUAGCAAGCACCGGACGUUCCACUACCGAGCUGGAGGAUUCCAAAAAUGCGUACCUUGAGGCUGCGCGAAUCUUGCUAUUGCUGCUGGAUAAUGUGCUCAGUGAGCCGAAUAACCUUAAGUUUCGCAAGAUACGUCUUGAAAAUAAAACCAUCAAGAAACUAUUGUCGCUGAAUGGCAGCGAACAAUUAUUGAAAGCUAUCGGUUUCAAGCGUGUGCCAGAAGCUAAUGCAGCUUAUAUAUUGCCUGUUGAAGUGCCACUUCAAAAGAUUCAACAGUAUCGCAACGCCUUGCGUGAGAGACGGGAAGCUUGGCUUAACGGCGCAAUGCUAAAAAGUCCCGUAAAGGAACAGAACCAAGAAAUGGCAGCCAAAUGCAACAAGCCCUUCUUUGUAAGAACUUCAAAGCCCUACCAUCAGCGCAUCACAUUUCCUCGAGCACUGCGCACCCCUAAUCGUUUUCUACAAUCACUGGAGCUCUACUCCGAUGCCGUCAUGCAGUAUGAGGAUGAGCAGCUGCUGGCCAGUGGUCGCGACUUAAUUCCAAUCGAUGCCUUAACUUCGCGGGCGAGCGAGAAACUUAUGAGCUUGCAACAGCUUAUUGCCUCGGGAGAGUUCAAAGAAGCAGAGCCCUGCAUACGGGAUUUGUUGCUGGUCGAGCUAGUCAAUUGGUUUAAUACAGAGUUCUUUGAGUGGGUCAACAACAUUGCAUGUCAGGUGUGCGGCAGUGAGGAGAGCAAGUUGCGUCGCACACUAACCGAAGACGGUGUUCGGGUCGAGGUGACCGUCUGCUGCGGCCAAGAGACAAAAUUCCAUCGCUACAACGACAUUUCGCAGUUGUUGGUCUCACGCAAGGGUCGCUGUGGCGAAUACGCUAACUGCUUCACUUUCCUCUGCCGUUGCCUCUCUUAUGACGCGCGUAUUGUACACUCGCACUUCGAUCAUGUCUGGACGGAGGUUUAUUCUGAGACACAGAUGCGCUGGCUGCACGUGGAUCCUUCUGAUAAUGUGGUUGAUUCUCCGCUUAUGUACCAGCAUGGUUGGAAGCGACCUAUUGACUAUGUGUUUGCCUACUCACGUGAUGAUACGCAGGACGUAACCUGGCGAUAUACGAACAAUCAUCGACAGAUCUUGCAACUUCGUAAACUUUGCUCUGAAAAAGAGCUCAUUGAAGCGCUAAACACAAUACGCGCAAAGCGAGUGCAGCUCUCGAAUGCGAGCGCCGAGCGUAAACAGUUUUUAAGUAAUCGAUACAUGAGCGAAGUCAUCCAGAUGACCUUGGAGCGAACCCCGACUGAGAGCGAGCUCAAAGGUAGAAGCUCGGGAAGCUUGGCCUGGCGUCAAUCGCGCGGAGAACACACAUUCACUAAUAUUUAUGUGUUCACGCUAAACGAAAUCGAACUUGAGAAACGUCAAUUUAAUAUACGUUAUAGAUGUUCUACUGACACGUACGAACGUUACACCAAAGAUGGAGAACUUGAAACCAUUUUAGAAACACAUAAGACAUGGCAGAGUGUACAAUUUGCCUCGAAAAACAUUUUUCGAAAGGUGGAACGCGAUUGGAAAAUGGCUUAUUUGGCCCGGGUGGAGAAUACCGAAAACGCUGAAAUUAUCUGGAAAUUCGAUUUUACGAAAACAAAUUUAAAGGUAAAAACAUAUAGGCUUGAAUUUCAAUCGAAGACCUUUGGAGAGGGCAAAAUUGACGUAAUCAUAGAGAGUUGCGAUAACAAAACGUGCAUUGAAAAUGCAAAUCUAUUCCAAAUUGUUGCCAAACUGAGCGGAGGCAAAGGCGAUGUGGCCUGGCAGCACACACAACUCUUUAGACAAAGCCUAAAUUCGAAAGAAUACCCGUUUGAGCUGCAAGUGGAGCUGUACUAGUCGAAAGAGCAUGUAAAAAUUAUAACGUAAAUUCCAUUUAAUAUUGUAAAUAAAUCAAAAUGAUAUACAAUUGUGUCAAGUAUUUAAAGGUAAUGUUUUUAGAAAUGCUACAAUAAACAAUUUUUUCGAAA